AUGGCUGACAAGCCGCCGUUCCGUAUCGUCAUCGUCGGCGCUGGGCCCGCUGGCCUCUCAGCAGCACUGUCCCUAGUCAAGAAGCAUGACAAAGGAGUCUCAUCACCACUUCAUGUCACCGUCCUUGAGAUGCGCACGGAAGUGCAACGGCUCGGCGGUGCAAUCAACCUCACGCCUUUGGCCCUACGGUACAUCGACUGGCUCGGGGCUGGCGAGCGGUUACGACCGCAGGCUGCGCCAGUGAGUGCCAUCGAACUUGUUGCCCAUCGAACAGGCAAGCUCCUGGGACAGUUAUGGCCAGGAGUCGACGCCAUCCGUGUACAGCGACAGCUGCUUGUCGAGGCUUUGCGAGACGCACUCAGAGAGCUGCCGCAGAGCGAAGACGUCCAGGUCGAUGUCAUUUACGGGGCGAGAGUGCGGGGGAUCGAAGAGUUCGGCGAGGCAGAUGGCGAUGGUGGCGUGAGAAUCACGUUCGAGAAGAAGGCCCCUGAGGAGCGCAGGAAGGGAGCAACAGCUGCCUCAGGGGGGCGAGACGGAGAAACCGAGACGCUCGAGGCCGACAUUGUCGUUGGAUGCGACGGCAUCCACUCUCAGGUUCGCAGCCUCGUCGUCGACCCGGGCCGCGAGAAGACGUACUCGGGCAAGUGCAACGCCUACGGGUACGCGUCCAUCUCGGACAAGGCGGACGCGUCUGGCGACGUGGCCAAGGAGUGGCUCCGAACCGACGGAGAGCCACUCAUCACCGACACGACGCUCGUAACCCAUGGAAACGACGCCCUGCUUCUCACCUACUACGAGCCGUCUCGGACCAAUCUUUACCUGGCGGCGGUGAACCCUGUCGCGGAGAACAAGGACGCCCGCGAAGGGUGGUCCGCCCAGGGGGCAGAUAAGGCGGGCAUCAAGAAGAAGAUGAGCGAGACGUUUGCCGGCGGCGCGUUGCCGUACCUGGGGUCCAUCAUCGACCGUUGCGAUGAGUGGUUCUUCUUCCCCGUCUACAUGCUUCCUCCCGGCGGUGUCUGGGCCAAGGGCCGGGCGCUCUUGCUCGGCGACGCCGCCCACGCUAUGCCCCCACAAGGCGAAGGAACCGGCGUCGCCAUCGAGGACGGCGUCCUCCUGGCGCACGUCCUGACUCGACGUGCCACGCGCACCGUCCCGCAGCUCUUUGCCGACUACGAGGCCCUCCGCAGGGCCGACAUCGAGCAGACGUACCGCGACACCAUGGCCCGUUGGAACGCGCCCGUGCCCAGCGGCUGGAUGAGCGGCUUCGUCAUGGAGUGGAUCACCUGGGGCUUCAUCAAGUUCAUGAACUACAGGCACGACUACUUUGGCCGGGACGUGCGGAAUCGCCAGCUGCCUGAUUGA